AUGUGGUGCCAACAACAGCCCACUUCCAGCCACCAUACUGCUCAUUCCCAUUCCAAUUGCUCUCACAACAGUAGGAUACAGCUCUCCAGCGAAAAUAUAGAUGACAGCGAAACCACUUCCGACUCCAAACUUCCCGAUGAAAGAGGCAGAAGCCACAAGCCAUGGAUAUCCAUCUGGGACAAACAUUGCAGAGACACAACCGAUACCACAGACAAUCAUUGUCGCGGCGAGGGUCCAACGACGUCCGGCGCAUUGGAGGAGAGGCCAGACGACGAAGUAACCGGGGAGCUCCACGGCUCCGUUUAUGAUAAAACUCCAGUAAUCAUCGACUGGAAGGUUCGAGACGUUCAGGGCUUUGCAAACACGCUCUACCGAAUCCAAAAAAGAGAUGUUUCUGAAAAACGCCUAGUUGUCACAGGAAAAGCGAGUCCGGUGAAGAAUCUCAGAAUUAUGAAUGACUCGAUAUCUUUGGCAAAUGAAUUCGCGGUUCCACAGACAACCAAAACGAUGAGAAUUACGAAAAAUGAGCGUCGUCUUCCGAAUUUGUCAGCGAUGUAUCCAAAGAGACAGUUUCCAAUAAAGCUUCCGACGUAG